AUGGCGACAACAAUGACGGCAUUCCAAACGUGCCAAGGGGUAGGCGCCGCGGAGGAGACAAAAGUGGAAGUGCUAUUGGUGCAUCGAACCUUGGAAAAUCUGGGCGAGACCAUUGGUGUGAGCAAUUACCGGGGUCAGAAGGGCGGCGAAGAAGGCAACACUGCCGUUGAGCGACAGCACGUGGUUUACAGCGAAAUCGCUAGAUUCCUCUGGAACUCGGAUGACGAGGACGGCAGUAAGCAACCAAGAGAUUCGGGCGACACCAAGUAUGGCGGUGACGAACGAGGGGAAAGUGCUGGUGAUCAAAUAACCAGCGUAGCCGCAUACCAGCAAAACGCUGCCACGGGUUCUGCUACUGAUGGUGACUUGCACGGCAAACGUGGCGGCAGCGCCGGUGGUAAGUCGAAUAGGUCCAUCGAAAAGGACCCGGACGCUACGGAAGGCUUCCACAGGGUGGGUUACGACAAAGAACGGGUUGGAAGAGCCGCGGGUUUCAUGCUUCCUAUCUCCGCACCUGAAGCCCAAAAGGGGGACGUUAUCCUAAGGAAUUCAACGCCUAUUGUGCGCAGUAACAUCGGUGGCAAUAAUGAACGCACGGCUCAUUUUGUGCCAACCGUUAUCGGGCGUCAUGGUGGCGACAAUGACGACGUCCAAUACCGGUCCCCCCCUACGAGUCCAACGGGCGUCAUGGAGAACGUUAUUUCGUCUGGGACGGACACAUCACCGGCUGGGGGUGAUGAAGAGCGUGGCGGGUUGGAGCUGUGGAAUCGGCCAUAUAGUUCGUAUUUUAACGAUGAACCUGCAAGGGGCAGAACACGGAGGAAGGGGGUGACAGGAAGGAGAUGGACAGCCCACAAGCACGACUACAAAGGCGACGCUUGUUUGAUGUUCGAGGAUUCGUACUCGGCCGAAGAAGAUGACUCCCGCUGGAAGGCUUGGCUGGAAAGCGAUGUUGGGGAGGAGGAGAGUGACGGCGACCGGCUCCACGCUGUUUACGAGGCAAAGCAGGGGCACCCGGGCGGCGGCUCUUGGACACCGGCAUCGAGUAAAUCUUCUUCGUGUUCGCCCCGCAAGACCGGCUUAUCCCCGGAUGCGAGGCCGUGGCUUCUCAAGCGCUCCCCCCAGUGGGAGGAUUUCAGGCGGCGCCGUUCCUCACUCCUGUCGCUGCAUUUCGGUCACGGUUCGCUCAUCUCUAGUACCACGGACCCCCAGCUAGCGCGCCCUGAAAGCGGCCAGCGUAUCCAUCCGAGAAAAAGCACGACCAGGUCGAGGCGGUCGCUGGUGGAGAAGCCGAGGUAUACACGAAAAGCCUCGGAAGGACGAGUUCGCGAUUGCUCCCUCGCCGCAAACCUCGCGGCUUGUACGGAGAUCGACUCGCCGGCGGCAGCAGCCGGCAACGACGCCGACGACGACGUCGCGGAGAAAAAAUAUCGCCCUCAGCCCUCUAGCGUUGUUACGAGCGGUAGUAGACGCCAGCAGGUGCAGAUCUCGGAAAACGGCCAAGAAAAGGCUCAGGAGGCAGGGAUGGUAGCGGGAGUGACAGCGGGAGUGGGGGUGUUGGGUAGACACCGACGCCCGUCCGGCACUUGGAGACUGGACAACUCACCGCACAAUAGUUCGUUGUCGGGGUUCAGUUCCAUUUCAGGGAUGAACGAGAGCAAGUCGAGCAUCGACGUACACAACUUUUUGGAGGAAUCUCUCGGAUCUGCUCAUGAAGACGGGGACGGCAGUAGACGAGAAGGAAUUGACAGUGGCCUUGUCGGAGGCGGGGGACUUGAUGACGGUCGCAACGGCGAUGUUUGCGGCGGUCACGACCUGGAUGCACAGGACAUCAGGUUUCUGUCGGAGUGCAAGAAGCUGCGGGAUGCCUUGCUGGCAGUAGAAGAUCUUCACUUCUGUGAGAAACCAGUGUUGGCCCCCUCGAUCGAGUCGGUGGAGCUCAUGAAGUGCCUGAGCAUCGUCGAUUUCUCUAGGGGGCAGAUCGUCUUCAAGAAAGGAGACCUUUCGGACUCCCUCUACUUCUUGUUAGACCCCGCCGCAGACGCAGAGUGGCAGUUGGACGCCGAGGAGGGUAGUAUGCUGACCAUGGAGACCAACGGAGACGGAGAUAAGCCACAACAGGUGCUGCCGCUCGUGCCUGGGAAGGGUUUUUUCGGGGAAGAGGGUCUCGUCUACAGGCGAGUACGCACUGAGUAUGUGCUCGCUGGGUUGCACGCGAACACAGGCGCCAGCGCAGGGGUAAAUUUGUUGGCCAAGCUACCCGCAACGGCCCAGACGGCGGUUCUUCAUGCUCUCAAGUACGCUGAUUACAAGCCUGGCGAGGUUAUCAUCAAGGAAGGAGAACCGGGAGAUAAGUUUUACAUGAUAACGCACGGUACGGUCACGGUUACCGCGAUGACUGCGGACUCCCACGGCUCGGAUUAUUCUUCUUCCUCAUCAUCUAGCAACAUCGUCGACGACGACCACGACGAGAAAGACAUGGACGACGAAGAUUCGUCCGAUGAACACGAGUUCGUGGCUUCGUUGUCCCCUCCCGCCGAUAGGACCCCCACCGCCGUUGACAACCAAAGAGAGUCGAUCAACGGUGGCGGUGGCGGUGGCGGUGACGACAGUGGCAGCAGCGGUGGAAGCAACGAAAACAAUGCUUUGAAGGACGCCAUUGGAAUGGUUUUCCUACCGCUUGAGGGUCGUAUCCAGAAAAAUACACCCGUGCCUAGGCUUCCGCCCGCGGAAGACCACCGUCGCCCAGCAACGCUGGCGACAGAAACUGUUGCUAGUACAGCGGCUUCAAGUGACACGCGGCCCGGGGUAGUUGGGGUAGCGACGGCAGCGGCGGGGGCGUCGGCAGGAAUGUCCGCAGUGGUGGUGGUGGACGAAGAAUCACCGAAAGUUAUCGAUAAAGUGAUUGGACAUGACGAUAUGACGACGGCAUCGGCGGCCAGUGGGGCAGAGAAAUGGGCCACAAACCAUUCCACGUCACAGGCCGAGCUCGCGGGUUGGAGCGAUCGAGAGUGGUCAUGCAUCGAUAGCCCUCCGACUGAAAGGGUUUUGACAAGGCUGUACGAAGGGAACAGCUUUGGAGAGAUGGCACUUAUCUACGAUGAGCCGAGAAACGCAAGCGUCCGCGCGACGACUGAGGUCACCUGCAUGUACCUUCAUAAAGACGUCUUUCGGAAGUGUCUUUGCGACAAGGCGUUCAACAGCAUUAUGGAGCAGGCGGCUCUACAGACCGCCUGCUAUCGGGAGCAAAGGAAGAAUAUCUCAGGACUGCAGCAGCAGCAGCAGCAGCAGCAGCAGCAGCAACACGUCGCGAACGAAGGAUCCAAGUUUGCUACGCCGAGACACGGGGUCGGGUCUUCGAACGACUUUUCCACCUUGAGGGCACUGGCGGCGGUGCGAGGUGCGACACGAUCAAGCUUCCGAUCCACUGGGCAGUUGACGUUCGCGGGACAAUCGAAUGGAGAGACGAGCGGGCGAGUGAUCAACGACUACCGUGUGUGCGAAAGGAUCGGCGAGGGCAGCUUCGGAGUGGUGUACAAGGUGGUUCGCGUGCAUACUGGUGAAGUCAACGCCAUGAAGGUCAUCACGAAAUCGAGGAGGGGCGGGCAGAAACGUGAGCUCCUGGAACGGACUCUCCGGCGAGAGGUGUCCGUGAUGAAAAUUCUGAGGCACCCCAACGUCGUGACCCUGUGGGAGGUUAUCGACGAUCCUCGAUCGCGGAAGGUGUACAUGAUCCAGGACUUCAUGGAAAGGGGCUCCUUGCUCAAGGAACAGUACGAAGUGGACCCCAUUCCCGAGCACACCGCCAUUUCCAAGUUCAUCCAAGCCGCCAGAGGACUCCAGUACAUCCACAGCUUUGGCAUCAUCCACGGUGACCUGAAGCCCUCCAACAUCUUGGAAGACGCCGAGGGCAGAGUGAAAAUAGCAGACUUUGGUGCCUGCGUGAUCAUAAACCCUGAGGAUGCGGGUGGAGAUGGGGAUAUCAGCAGCAGCGGAACAGGCGCAGAGUCGCCCAACGACGGCGGGAGGGAUCGGGAUCGGGAUCGCCGCAGGCACCGUCGAAAGAAACGCGGACAGCGGGUGGGGGGAACCCCGAGCUUCCACUCCCCAGAGCUCUUCGGAGAGGGCGGAGUGUCAAGGAUGUCGUUUGCUAGCGACGUUUGGGCUCUUGGGAUAUCGCUUUACCAGAUGGUCGUGGGCAAGCUGCCCUUCUUCGGACGAACGUACAGGGCGCUAAUGGCAUCGAUAAAAAUGGAGGGGCUCGCCUUUCCUUCGGACUGCCAGAUAGAGCCGUACCUCGUGAACCUCCUCCACAGGAUGCUUGACAAGAACCCGAACACUCGACUUUCCCUGGAAGGAGCGAUGAACCAUGAAUGGGUGACACGGGAGGGCGUAUGCCCCCCACAGAUAGAGGAAGGGCCACCGGGAGUGCCCAGCAUGGUUGAGAGAGCGGAGCCGCACGUUGCAGGUUUGCGAAGUAGGGACACGCGGCAGCGAAGGGCGGUGCAUCCUACCAUGUACCACCCUGCCGAAGGCGGCGGUGGUGACGGCAUCGUACGAAACAUAGCCGUCGGGGAGGGAAGAAAAGCGAUCGGCCGCGCCACCGGUGGUGCCGGCGAGAGCAACAUGCGGGCCAGAAGCAGCGUCAACGUGCUCACGUCCAAACGCCAUGUGCCUACUCUCAACAAUGAUCAUGCCCGCCGCAUUGGGGAUCGGAGGGACAACAAGACUUCUUCAUCGUUACCUUCGUUCUUAGAAUCGCCGCCGCCGAGUUCCAAGGCCAACCGUUAUCCCCCGCCGACCAGACCGGAAACUUGUCAACAGGAAGAAAUCCAGCAGCAUCACGACCAGAUUCGGAAACAGCAGCUGGACCCUACAGCGGACGGAGGAGAGACAUGGGAAGAAGGAAGAGGUAGGAUAGGGGUCCGCCGCUAUUUCGGGCAGGAGGCGAAGGUGGGGGCGAAGGUGGAAGAGAAGGAAGACGAGGAGCCAGAAGUGUGGAGCGACGGCGACGACAAGAUCGCCAGCCAAAGAAUCUUGGAGAACAUUGUGGACAAAGGUCACUUGUUUCUCCCGCCAGGGUUGGCCCUUCACGCCCUUACCGUGACUUUGCCAGAUGACAUUGCGGCUUCAAGUGCGAUCCCAGCCUCAGUCAGGGCAACACCGGUGGCGCCACCUGCAUCCAACAGCGCCAUCUCCAAGGAAGAGGACCAGGAAAGCGACCAGAGCGACACGGCCGAUGCGGCCGCUACAAGGAGCAGCAGCAAUUUACUUGCGGGAAGUAAAGAGUGCGCGGGACCCGCGCCGCUACCGGUGCCGGACAACCAGCAGCAUGAGCCCAACGCCACGGCAUCUUCUGUCGGUACUACGGCAAUCCCACCAUUGCGGCGGCAGGUAGAGCCCCACCCACAUAAGAGGGAAGGGCAAGCUCUUCUCCGGAGGUCGCCGAUGCCGCUGUCAAGCUUGCUUUCUUCGCCGUCCCUACUGGGCUCUGUAGAUCAGCGAACCCCGUCGAACGCUGAGCAGAGCGAUGAAGAGGAAGGAACCAGCGAUGGCGGCGGCCGUGAUGAAGGCACUGGUCAUCGAGGAGCCGACCGCGGCGGUAAUUACCGGAGCGUCUGUUCUUGUCCGGCCAUCGGCGCGACAGGCGCGUCUUCCCUAUUCGCCCGCCAUGAGCUGACGGAUAGAUCCGCCCUGGAGCGUUCGCAGCAACUGGUGCGAAAGCCAGACUUCCUGAUGCUACGGGCCAACCCCACCUUAGGCUCCAACAAGAGGGUGGUGAUUUCGUCGCUGAAAGCCGUCAGCUCCCUCAGGGCUUCCGCAGAAGGGGAGGUUGGUAGCCGCCGUUCAUCAGUCGGGGGUUCUAGCGCACGCGCUCAGGCUAAGUUGUUGCACAACAAUCAAAGCAGCGGGCAAGAGAGCGAGGAUUCUUCCCACAACAACCCCAGGAGGGUUCACGAAAACCAACAAGCAGCGGCGGUCGCUCGAGCAUCGCAUUCGAGCCUCCCAACCGCUAGGAGUGCCUUUGCUCUACUCUCACCACCAAGAAACAUCGCCACCAACACCAACAAGAAAAAGGACUCUACCAUCAGCUUCAGCACCACGUUGGACAAUCGACAUCGACGCAAUGGUGGCGGCGGCAGCGGAGGCGGCGAACCAAGAAGGAACAGCAGUAGAAUGUCCGUAAAGAGCAGCAAGGGGUCUUUUGCCGGCCGUCCAGACGAGGACGAGCAGGAGACUUUCACGAGGGCGACCACGGCAACACCCUUGCGUUCGAAGUUCCAAGAAUCACCGACAUCAGCAGGAGCGGAGGGAGAAGGGGGAGGAGCGGCAGAGCGUUCGUUCGACCAUUCACAAUCGGGGGGCAACCCUUCGGAAAGAAGGGUGGGGAGCGGUAGCAGCGGGGGGGGCGUGAUCGAGAGAAGGAAGACUGUAUCCCGAUCUUCUUUGCUCACCGGGAAGGAAGAGUCGAUGAGAUGUAUCGACGAAGAAGAGCCAGAAGAACUCCACAUGGGGGGACGCUCCACCCCACCGGGGAUGUCCGACGCCAAAGCCAGGAGCAAUCUGGGCAGCCUGCGAAUCGUAUCGGACAGCAGCACGGGCCUCGCGGACAACAACUCAACCAACAGCUAUGUAGGCAGCUCCGGUGCUGAAAGCAGCAACUGGGGAAUGGAGAGGUGGCGCAACGGAGCAGGCCCACAGACCCGAAGAAACGAUCUCAGAACCUAUCAGCUCAUUUGUGCUCACGUCGGCAUCGGCGGCGCAAAGGGCGCAGCAGAGGGUCGCGUUGGCGAAGGCUUGACCGCAGCCAGUGAAAUCGACAAGGAGGGUGGUUCCGGCGCCGGGGAAGGGAACUCGGAGAGUGAAUGCAGCAGCGACGGGAUGGGAGAGUCCUUAAGCGUGGCGGACAUCACGGAAUGCCUUGACCUCAUCGGGACCGGGGUGACGCGAGAAGACCCGGAGCUACGGGCUCUUGACCACCAGGAAAUCCUCGCGCUGACCGCGGGCUCUGGCGCCAAAUUUUCAAAACUCUUCAAGACUGCGUCCUCCUCGGGGGGCGAGAAUAGCCUCCUGGGGCACGUGCAGGCCAGGGCCUGGGCGGGACAGGAACACAUUUUGAAGUCCGUAGACUAG